AUUUUCUUAACCUGGCUAGGACGUCUGUGGAAGCUCAUUGAACCUUCUGGUAAAAACUUUGGCACUUUGAUUGGGGAGGGUCUAAAGUAUAUUCUGACCAAAAUUGGGCCAAGUUCUGCUUAUGCUCUAGCACCACUAUUGGGUAAAAUUUGGGCCUAAUUUAGAAGUAUGUUUAUGGGCAUAACUUUUGAACCGUGUGUCCAAAAUGAAAAAGGCAUCCCUGGAUUCUCUAGGUCGAGACGAGUUAAACGCACCCUAUGAACUCAAUUUCUGCCUAAUUAGAUUUUCCACCAUCUUAGAUUUUUAACAAAAACUGUUUUUUUUUUCAUUAGUCCUUCAAAAUUUGUCCAAUCAUCACCAAAUGUUGCACACAUCAUCUUUAAUUAUAAUGGGCCCACAAAUCUGACUGCAAAGCUGGUUUGGGAACAGCACCAAGCAGGAAAGCUGGGUUCUCCAGAGGGCGGUGCCAUCAGCUUAGCUGAUGGAAAUUAUCACCAAAUGACUGGUUUGAAUAAUCUGUCUAGUGUUAUAAAGGCUUAGUAGCGUUUCAUAAAGUCAAAUGCUGACAGUGAAGACAGACGGUUUAGGAGAACAGACUACAGCUACUUGGUCACCAUGAAGUUGAAUCUUUUUCAUCUCCUGUGUCUUAAUGCUGUUGUUCCAGUCACCCUGCUCAUCCCACUAGCCCCAAUCCUGAUCAAGAAAAACAUGACAUGGUUAGAUGCGCAGAAAUACUGCAGGAGUGCACACUUUGACCUGGCUCAAGUUAAAACUGCAACUGAUUGGGUGAUGGUAGGAAACACGUUAGCGAAACAAAGUGUAACAGGACCUGUCUGGCUCGGACUUUACAACGACUUUGACAACUGGCGCUUUUCCCUGAAUGAUUUCCCGUUACAGAAUAUAACUCUUAAUAAAUGGGGCAGUGGAGAACCUAGUAAUCUUAAUGGUCAUGAGACAUGUGCUGCAAUAGACCAAAAAGGACUGUGGUGGGAUACAGUUUGCCAAGGUGUAAAAACCUUCAUAUGCUAUGACGCUAUUGGUGCAAGCAGGUAUGUUGGUGUCACUACUAUGUUGAACUGGUCCGACGCUCAGGCUUACUGCAGGCAGCAUUACACAGACCUGGCCAGCCCGUUAACUCUCGCAGACAACAGCCUGGUACAGCAAGUGGCAAUAGUCCAGGGGUUUUCUUGGUUAGGUCUAUUCAGGGAUGGCUGGAAGUGGGUAGAUGGGACCAAAGUGGACCAACUCUUGUGGAAAUUCCCACUGCCUGAUAAUGCCAAUCCUCAGGAAAACUGCGGGACACUCAACGGUGGAAUACUUUAUGAUGAAAAAUGCACCAGCCAGUACUAUUUCGUCUGUGACUUCAUUCCAGUGGUGAAACAUGUCGUGAAACUGCAUGUGAAGUCUGAUGACAGUGUGUUCGAUCCUGCUGUACAGUCAGCCAUUUUAGAGCAGAUCAAACAGAAGCUGGGCACAGAGGCCAAGGUGUCCUGGAGGGUUCAACCGGACGGAAAAAUCUUCCACAAGAUAAUCCAGCACAACAGCACUUUGAACUGCUCGGAAAAUAUGCAGCUACAGAACCCUUAAUGUUAUAAUUUCUUCAUCAGUCCUGUUUGGAAAUCUGAGUUGCCUUCAUAUGGGAUUUCAUGACAUAAACUGCGAUGAGU